AUGCCCCUUGCUUCCCCUUGCAAAUACAUCUCCCUGCAGGUGUCGAACCUCCAUCUCCCCCGAAUCCUCUGCCUGCAUGGCGGAGGGGUCAACGCCUCCAUCUUCAAAGUGCAAACCCGCGUACUCGUAUUCCGGCUAUCCAAAUACUUCCGCUUCAUCUUCGUCGAGGCCCCCUUCAUCAGCGACCCGGACCCAGCCAUCGUCCCCAUCUACGGCGACCAGGGCCCCUUCCGCCGCUGGAUGCGCUGGCUCCCGCACCACCCGGAGCUGGACAUCGCCACCAUGACCAGCGAGACGCGCCGCGUGCUCGUCAGCGCCAUGGACCAAGACGACGACGACGCCGGCGGCUUCGGGCCCUGGGUCGGCCUCCUCGGCUUCAGCCAGGGCGCCAAGGUCGCCGCCAGCGUGCUGUACACGCAGCAACUCCUCCGCGACAAGUUGGGCGAACACGAGGCCGCCGCCUGGUUGACGAGCACCGCCGACCCGGACGCGCAGCCGAGCAGGACGUUCCAGUUCGCCGUCGUCAUGGCGGGCCGGGCGCCGCUCGUCACGCUGGACCCGCGCCUCGCGCCCCCCUUCGGCGUCGUCGACAUGUCGCAUUCGAGCCCCGAGUUCGUUGGCGCGCCGGAGGGGUUGCCGAGGGAGGGGCCCCAUCUGUUGCACGCGCGCACGAUCCACGUCCACGGGAUGCAGGACCCGGCUUUGCGAUUGCAUCGCUUGAUGUACGACAGGUACUGCGCCCCCGGCACGGCGACGCUGGUGGAGUGGGAGGGCGGCCAUCGCUUGCCUUUCAAGACGGAAGAUGUCGAGCCGGUCACCUCGGAGAUUAUUGACCUGGCGAGGGAGCUGGGUAUCAUUAAGGAUGACGACGACGAGUAA